AUGUCGGAAGUAGUGCCAAUUGAGACAGAGAUUAUGAGACCACAAACGCCCGAGGACCGCUCGAUUUAUACAGAGUCUAGGAAUCCCUCGGAUUCAAUUGCGUUGUUUAAUGUAGAAGAUAGUGCGUGGUUGAGCAUUCCCAGAAAAGGGAAUUUUGAAUUCAAAAUCUCUGCGAGAAAGCAAGACAAGGGAAAGUUCGUGUAUCAGGUCAAGGACCCAAAGACUGGAGCACUGUAUAAGGAAGGGGAAUGGGUCAAACAGGAAAGGCUCAGUUCAGCUUGA